AAUAAUGAUCGUAAUAAAAAAUGUGUAUUCAUUCCAAAAAAGGAUUUUUUUAAAAACACUUAUUAUUAUCAAAUUGAUAUUCACGUUUUAGCUCACAUUUAAGUAAUUUCGUUCGUUUCACAUAACAGUUGUGAGAAGAUUCAGUUGCAGUGCUCAUUAACUUUGCCACGAUGUUUUAAGUUUAUUUUCCAUACACACACGCACGAAAAAACAAAAAAACAAACAGUAAACACGUUCGGAUUAUAUUUUAUAUUUGCUGCGUACGGUGCACUUCAGAGAUGCAAUGUUUCAUGUGCUUCGGUAGAUGGUGGAACUGAACCAUGGGUAUAUUUCCAUGCACCGUCUUGCUGUUGCUGUCUGUUUGUAGAGAUAUCAGUGCCACUGACACAAAAGGCCAGCAUUUUGUGGUGACCGUUCCUCCGCUGUACGUAGAUUCCGGCUGGCAAUGUGUGAUAUAUAUAGCAAGCACCGAGGAGGGACAAGUAGUUGUCCAGAAACAUGAUACAGCCACCGUAACACUAAUUGGCAACUACACUGUCAAUGCAGGAGUAAAUGUAUUGGAAGUGUCUCUAGAUGGCAGUUCUGUUCACCAGAAAGUCACUGGAAAACAGAAGAAAGUAAUAGAAAUAAGUACAAAUAUUGAUGUAGCGGUAUAUAUCGUGUCGUAUGUGGAAAACGCCCCAGCAAGUUAUACAGCGCUUCCAACAAAGGUGGCUUCCAAAGAAUAUAGGAUAUUAGCAUAUCCUGGCACUUCUAACUACCUUAUUGUCACAAGUAUUGAAGACAAUACAAAUGUUAACAUUUACGACUUCGACCAGACUACUUAUACAGCGACGCUUGCAAGCCUGGAAAGUUAUACGUUAUCGACAACAGGUGAUUCAACUGGCGCUCGAGUCACUAGUGACAAGCCUGUUAAUGUUGUAGUAGGAACCAAUGUUCAAAUGUACCAGCACAUAUCAGUGCUUGCGAUGCAUUAUAUGACUCACCUAUACCUUUAAGAUUUUGGGGACAAACUUUCAUCAUACCACCCAUAUUACCAAGGGCAGGUUCCAUCAUUCGAAUUUUGGCACAAACUAAAGACACCAGUGUGAGCUUUCAGUACUUUAUAUACGGAAGUUCUCCGUCACAGACUAUUAGUUUUAGCGGACUGUAUGAAUUACAGCUUGGUAGUACAGUAACGGUAGUUACUACUGACCAACCUGUUACGGUAGUACAGUAUGGUGUUGGUCAGAACUUUGAUAACAGCGAUGGUGAUCCAUUCAUGACAUCUGUUCCCUCAGAUAAACACUUCAGCAAUAAUUAUGUGUUCUCGUAUCCUGUUUCUGAUAAAGGAUUAACAAUGAAGAUAGCUAUAGUGAUUCAAAACGACCACGUCACUGAAUUAGAGCUUAACGGACAAAAUUUAACAUCCUCUAUCAGCUCAACGAUUUUGAUAGCGCCAGAACCAUAUGGCAAUUACAGGGUUAUAGUAUCAGACAUUCCAACUAGAAAUCAUUAUCUACGACAUCCAUCUGACAAUGUCACAUUUUCUGUUCUUCUGUAUGGCUUGAAAACAGAUAAUGGGAUUGGGUACAACCUCGGCUACAAUUUUGAUAUAGACGAAUGUACAGAAGGUAUCGAUGACUGCGAUGAGAAGGCAGAAUGUACAAACACUCAAAGGAGUUUUAUCUGUACUUGUAAUGAGGGCUACACUGGUAGUGGGAAAAUAUGCACCGACAUAGAUGAAUGCGCUGAUGGAAGUGAUGACUGUGAUGCGGAUGCUAACUGUACAAAUACUAUGGGAAACUUUACAUGUGUCUGCAGGGAUGGUUUCAGUGGCGCAGGGUUAUCGUGCCUAGACAUUGACGAGUGUGAAAGUAGCCCAUGCCAGAACAGUGGGACUUGUAACGAUUAUAUUAACUUCUUCAACUGUACAUGUCCACCUGGGUAUGAAGGUGCAGACUGCGGACAGGACAUUGACGAAUGUGAUAGCACUCCAUGUCAGAACGCCGGAACCUGUAAUGAUUAUGUAAAUUUCUAUAACUGUACCUGUCAGUCGGGAUUUGAAGGCGAUAGUUGUGAAAUAGACAUUGAUGAAUGCGACAGCAAUCCAUGUCAGAACGGUGGAACGUGCAAUGAUUAUGUAAAUUUCUAUAACUGUACCUGUCAAGCGGGAUAUGAAGGCGAUAGUUGUGAAAUAGACAUUGAUGAAUGUGUCAGCGAUCCAUGUCAAAAUGAUGGAACCUGCACUGAUUCUGUAAACUUCUAUAACUGUACCUGUCGACCGGGGUAUGAAGGCGAUAAUUGCGAAAUAGAUAUUGAUGAAUGUGACAGCAGUCCAUGUCAGAACGAUGGAGCAUGUAAUGAUUAUGUAAACAUCUAUAACUGUACCUGUCAACCAGGAUUUGAAGGCUACAAUUGUGAACAAGACAUUAAUGAAUGUGACAGCAAUCCAUGUCAGAACGAUGGAACCUGCAAUGAUCAUGUAAACUUCUAUAACUGUACUUGUGAACCGGGUUAUGAAGGCUACAAUUGUGAAACAGACAUUGGUGAAUGCGACAGUAAUCCAUGUCAGAACGGUGGAACGUGCAAUGAUUAUGUAAAUUUCUAUAACUGUACCUGUCAAGCGGGAUUUGAAGGCGAUAGUUGUGAAAUAGACAUUGAUGAAUGCGUCAGCGAUCCCUGUCAAAAUGAUGGAACCUGCACUGAUUCUGUAAACUUCUAUAACUGUACCUGUCGACCGGGGUAUGAAGGCGAUAAUUGUGAAAUAGAUAUUAAUGAAUGUGACAGCAGUCCAUGUCAGAACGAUGGAACAUGUAAUGAUUAUGUAAACAUCUAUAACUGUACCUGUCAGCCAGGAUUUGAAGGCUACAAUUGUGAACAAGACAUUAAUGAAUGUGACAGCAAUCCAUGUCAGAACGAUGGAACCUGCAGUGAUCAUGUAAACUUCUAUAACUGUACUUGUGAACCGGGUUAUGAAGGCUACAGUUGUGAAACAGACAUUGAUGAAUGCGACAGCAAUCCAUGUCAGAAUGAUGGAACGUGCAAAGAUUAUGUAAAUUUCUAUAACUGUACCUGUCAAGCGGGGAUUGAAGGCGAUGGUUGUGAAAUAGACAUUGAUGAAUGCGUCAGCGAUCCAUGUCAAAAUGAUGGAACCUGCAUUGAUUCUGUAAACUUCUAUAACUGUACCUGUCGACCGGGGUAUGAAGGCGAUAAUUGCGAAAUAGAUAUUAAUGAAUGUGACAGCAGUCCAUGUCAGAACGAUGGAACAUGUAAUGAUUAUGUAAACAUCUAUAACUGUACCUGUCAGCCAGGAUCUGAAGGCUACAAUUGUGAACAAGACAUUAAUGAAUGUGACAGCAAUCCAUGUCAGAACGAUGGAACCUGCAGUGAUCAUGUAAACUUCUAUAACUGUACUUGUGAACCGGGUUAUGAAGGCUACAGUUGUGAAACAGACAUUGAUGAAUGCGACAGCAAUCCAUGUCAGAAUGAUGGAACGUGCAAAGAUUAUGUAAAUUUCUAUAACUGUACCUGUCAAGCGGGGUUUGAAGGCGAUGGUUGUGAAAUAGACAUUGAUGAAUGCGUCAGCGAUCCAUGUCAAAAUGAUGGAACCUGCAUUGAUUCUGUAAACUUCUAUAACUGUACCUGUCGACCGGGGUAUGAAGGCGAUAAUUGCGAAAUAGAUAUUGAUGAAUGUGACAGCAGUCCAUGUCAGAACGAUGGAACAUGUAAUGAUUAUGUAAACAUCUAUAACUGUACCUGUCAACCAGGAUUUGAAGGCUACAAUUGCGAACAAGACAUUAAUGAAUGUGACAGCAAUCCAUGUCAGAACGAUGGAACCUGCAAUGAUCAUGUGAACUUCUAUAACUGUACUUGUGUACCGGGUUAUGAAGGCUACAGUUGUGAAACAGACAUUGGUGAAUGCGACAGCAAUCCAUGUCAGAAUGAUGGAACGUGCAAUGAUUAUGUAAAUUUCUAUAACUGUACCUGUCAAGCGGGAUUUGAAGGCGAUAGUUGUGAAAUAGACAUUGAUGAAUGCGUCAGUGAUCCCUGUCAAAAUGAUGGAACCUGCACUGAUUCUGUAAACUUCUAUAACUGUACCUGUCGACCGGGGUAUGAAGGCUAUAAUUGCGAAAUAGAUAUUGAUGAAUGUGACAGCAAUCCAUGUCAGAACGAUGGAACAUGUAAUGAUUAUGUAAACAUCUAUAACUGUACCUGUCAACCAGGUUUUGAAGGCUACAAUUGUGAAAAAGACAUUAAUGAAUGUGACAGCAAUCCAUGUCAGAACGAUGGAACUUGCAAUGAUCAUGUAAACCUCUAUAACUGUACUUGUGAACCGGGUUAUGAUGGCUACAGUUGUGAAACAGACAUUGAUGAAUGCGACAGCAAUCCAUGUCGGAACGGUGGAACGUGCAAUGAUUAUGUAAAUUUCUAUAACUGUACCUGUCAAGCGGGAUUUGAAGGCGAUAGUUGUGAAAUAGACAUUGAUGAAUGCGUCAGUGAUCCCUGUCAAAAUGAUGGAACCUGCACUGAUUCUGUAAACUUCUAUAACUGUACCUGUCGACCGGGGUAUGAAAGCGAUAAUUGCGAAAUAGAUAUUGAUGAAUGUGACAGCAAUCCAUGUCAGAACGAUGGAACAUGUAAUAAUUAUGUAAACAUCUAUAACUGUACCUGUCAAUUGGGUUUUGAAGGCUACAAUUGUGAACAAGACAUUAAUGAAUGUGACAGCAAUCCAUGUCAGAACGAUGGAACCUGCAACGAUCAUGUAAACUUCUAUAACUGUACUUGUGAACCGGGUUAUGAAGGCUACAAUUGUGAAACAGACAUUGAUGAAUGCGACAGCAAUCCAUGUCAGAACGGUGGAACUUGCAAUGAUUAUAUAAACUUCCAUAACUGUACAUGUCGACCGGGUUUUGAAGGCAACAACUGUGAAAUAGACACUGACGAAUGCGACAGCUCUCCAUGUCAGAACGAUGGAAUGUGUAAUGAUUAUAUAAAUUUCUAUAACUGUACCUGUCAACCUGGAUUUAACGGAGGAAAUUGUGAAAUAGACAUUGCUGAAUGCGACAGCACUCCAUGUAAGAACGGUGGAACGUGCAAUGAUUAUGUAAACUUCUAUAACUGUACCUGUUUACCGGGUUUUGGAGGCAAGAAUUGUGAAAUAGACAUUGAUGAAUGCGACAGCUCUCCAUGUCAGAACGAUGGAACGUGUAAUGAUUAUAUAGAUUUCUAUAACUGCACCUGUCAUCCUGGAUUUAACGGAGGAAAUUGUGAAAUAGACAUUGAUGAAUGUGACAGCAGCCCAUGUCAGAACGAUGGAACAUGCAAUGAUAAUGUAAACUUCUACAACUGUACAUGUGAACCUGGUUAUGAAGGCUACAGUUGUGGAAAAGAUAUUGAUGAAUGUGACAGCAGUCCAUGUCAGAACAACGGAACCUGCAAUGAUUAUGUAAACUUCUAUAACUGUACCUGUGAACCGGGUUAUGAAGGCAACAAUUGUGAAAUAGACACUGAUGAAUGCAACAGCUCUCCAUGUCAGAACGAUGGAACGUGUAAUGAUUAUAUCAAUUUCUAUAAUUGUACCUGUCGUCCUGGAUUUGACGGAGUAAAUUGUGAAAUAGACAUUGAUGAGUGUGACAGCAAUCCAUGUCAGAAUAAUGGAACGUGCAAUGAUUAUGUAAACAUCUAUAACUGUACCUGUGAACCGGGUUAUGCAGGCUACAAUUGUGAAAUAGACAUUGACGAAUGCGACAGUUCUCCUUGUCAGAACGGUGGAACGUGUAUUGAUUAUGUAAACUUCUAUAACUGUUCCUGUAAACCGGGUUUUGAAGGCAACAAUUGCGAAAUAGAUGUUGACGAGUGUUUAUCGUCUCCUUGUGGUAUUGGUGGUACUUGUACUGAUACUGUAAAUGGAUUCAAGUGUGAAUGCAAGGAUGGAUUUACCGGCACGCUUUGUCGACCAGCGGAACUUGAAGAUGACUGUUCAGAAAGAUCUGAGGUAUGUGCAAAUCUCGUGUUCGCCGAAUGUAACGGAAGCAACUGCGUGUGUAUAACAGGUUAUGAGAACUCCAAAGGGGAUGCUAGAACUUGCAAUCCUGUAGAUUGUAAAGCAGUUGCAGCACCAGAAAAUGGGAUUAGAAAUGGAAAUGAUACGAAGUUUGGUUCAGCCGUCACAUUUGAUUGUUUAGACGGAUACAUGUUGCAAGGUGAUCUCGCAAUUGUAUGUAACAGUUCAGGCAAAUGGAAUGGUACAGUUCCGACUUGCAUUGAAAAGGCGAAAUUCGGUUCAAAAUGUGAAAAUUCUGUGAUGUGUCGUACAGCUCAGGCGUCAUGUAUCAAUGGCAGUUGCACAUGUACAACAGAUGUUUACAAUGCAAUGGGUGAUAUAUGUGAUACCAUGCCGUUAUAUCCUUACGGUGUACCAGAAGGCGACGAGAUGAUGGCAGACAAUACUGACUCAUGCAGCGAUGCAAUUCCGUUAGACCCGGGCAUUCCAAUAUUUGAAGAAACACAUAAGAAAAUUUAUAUAUGUAGGAACGGCCUCGUUAGUUUUCACAAACCACACACAAGCCCGGAACCGGCGAGCGAUGUCUCUCAGUACUCCAACAAAACAAUUGUAGCGCCUUUCUUCGCAGAUACAGGAUCGGCAGUUGUGUAUUACAGACACUUUGAUAUUUUGAAUUCCGUUGAAGUAUUUGAACGAAAUGACGUGAAAAAUGUAGAAUCCAUGGUACAAAAAAUAGGAGGAGUUACAGGAUUCAAAGCUAAAUUCAUAUUGUUUGCUACUUGGGAGAAAGUCAGUCCUUUCCAACAUACUUUUGAUAGAUCUACAACGGCGACGUUUCAGGCGGUUAUAGUUACUGAUGGCAUGGAUACAUUUACACUGUUCGUGUAUGGAAACGAAAUGAUGAUGUGGACAAUGGCAUCAGACACACAUGUUAAACCAGAUAUAUGGAUUGGCUACACUGCAGCUGGAAAACAUAAGAAUACAAAUAUAAACUCGUUCAAAAAUACAGCACUGCAGAUAGACAGACACGCCGCAACACACGGAAUUGCAGGACUGUUACUCCAAAGACUUACGGCAGCUGGAACUAAAGAAACCAAUUAUGCUGUUCAGUGUAUAGACUGGUACAACCAGAAUAAACACAUGAUAUCAAACAUUAAAGAAAUGUCUGAGAAAAUGCCAGAGUGUCCGUGCAGUCUAGACAGUCUAAUCUACGAUCCAUGGUACUGGCCUACAGAUGACGAAAGAGCAACAAGUUACAGUGUGGAGAUAUUGCCUUCUGGGUUAUUCAAACCUUACGGAAAGUCGUGUUCCUAUAGCACAGUAACGUGGUUAUGGAUAAAUGAAGUUCCACAAGCUGGUGGCAUGUAUAUCUAUCAUCCUGACAUAUACGCUCGGGAACAUACAGAAAACGACAUCAAUGCAAAACAGUUCUGCUGCAGCAAAUCAAACUUCUGCCAUCUUUAUUAUAACCUUCACCCGGUGGGAACCUGUUACAACGAAACAUGGUUUGAGAUAGGCACAACAUGGGGCGAUCCCCAUUUUCGCACACUUGAUGGAAAUAACUACACAUUUAACGGUCUGGGAGAAUACAUACUGCUGGAGAUAGAAGACCAUGGCUUCAUCUUGCAAGCGCGAACACGGCGGGCGAUAAAAGAAGAUGGAACACAGUCAUUUGCCACAAUUUUCACCGCGUUUGCAGCGAAGGAUCAAUCCAAUGCUUCAUUCCAUGUAGAACUCAAUGACGCUGAAAACGGACUUACAUUAUAUGGAAACGAUGUCGAUUUGUCUUUGCUGUUUCGAGACAAUGGUGGGAAGCCGUUCAGAUACAGAUCCGAAGAAAACAAUCUGGCUUUGAUUCGCAAAGACGACACUUUAAUUGUGUUUUUUCCUUCAGUUGGAAUCGCGCUAAAUAUUACUGUCGGUGUAAAAAUGUUAUCCUUGAAUGUUAUCGUCCCAAAAGAUUAUAGAAACAUGACUAGAGGGCUUUUAGGCAAUUAUGACGGACUGCCAGAGAACGACUUUACCGCCCCGAACGGAACGGUUCUAGAUUCAAAUAUGAAUGAUAGUGAAAUACAUGAGUACGGAGAGUUGUGGCUUAUCGAUGACAAAACAAGUGUAUUCAAAUAUUUUGAGGAAACAACUCCAGUUUAUUAUCGCAAUGCAAGUUACGUCCCAAAGUUUCUGGAUAGUGCGGACCCAGCAAAGUUAGACGAGGCUAAAAGGAUAUGUGGCGGAGAACAGAAUAACCAGUGUAUCUUCGACUAUGUUUUUACGGAUGAUGAGAAGGUUGCAGAAGACACAAAGAAAAGAAAAGAAAUCACAGACAAAACAACGACAGAAAUUCAAAAGACUACACCUUCGAUUAUAGGCUGUGAUGAACUUUAUGUACGAGAUACAUCAGAGGAGGUAGUCUGUCCUAUUAGCGUCGGAAAUGGUGAUACUUUAGAUGACAUUACAUUUGAAUUUAUAAAUAAUAUAGGAAAUGCUACGUUCAACAAAACAUCAAGUGAACUUGUGUUUAUACAGUCAACAGAUGAUCCUGUGCAAAUAAGCAUUACAGCUGUAAAGGACGGCAAAAAAGCUAUACCGUUUACAGUCAAUGUGAGGCUCUGUACGGGAUGUAACGGGAGAGGAAAUUGUACAAAUAAGACCAGAAGUGAUCAUCGAGAGACGGAGUCUUUCAAAUAUUUAGAAUGUGAAUGUGAACCUCAGUACGAAGGUGACGAUUGUGAAAAUGAGUUUGACGGCUGUGUGGCCAGUCCUUGCUCUGCCAACAGAAAUUGUACCACAUUGACCGCAGAGGAACAAAAAGAACGUGGUAAAACUCAUAUCUGCAGCGAUUGUCCUGAUGGUUUCGAAGAAGACGGAGAUAAAUGUAUAGAUAUUAAUGAAUGCAAUGAUCAACAAAAUCUCUGCCAGCAUGAAUGUCUGAAUACGGAUGGGUCAUAUGAAUGUACAUGUAACUACGGAUACAGGAUAAAUUCUAGAAACAGUAGUCUCUGUAAUGAUAUCAAUGAAUGUGACGAUGCGAUCCACAACUGUAGUCAGGUGUGUGUAAAUGAAGACGGCGGUUUUAAAUGCGAAUGUUACAAAGGCUAUAGCUUUAACUUGACCACAUGGAAGUGUGAACAGGACGACUUGUAUAUCUGCGAUGAAGCAAACAUUGAGUGUAGUAAUACGGCGGGGUGUACACUCGAUAAAGAUUCGACAGUCACAUGUUUUUGUGAAGAUGGGUUUGAACUCUCAGCAAACAGGACUGCGUGUGUUGAUAUUGACGAAUGCGAAAGAAAUGUGUGUCCUCAACUUUGUAUAAAUACUGUUGGGAGAUUUAAAUGCGCGUGUUAUUCGGGCUAUCAGCUGCAGGACGACUUGACUUGUAAAGAAUGUGACUUUCCAUUCUGGGGAAAUAAUUGUGAAAAUGAGUGCAAAUGCACAGGACGGGGAAAUCUGGACUGUAACCCAGUUCGCGGCUGUAUCUGUGAAGGUGGUUGGCAAGGUGACACGUGUGAUGACGACAUAGAUGAAUGUGAUAUCCUCACUUAUCCUUGUUCUGACGUAAGAAAGGAUUGUGUGAAUGUUCCUGGUUCUUACGUUUGCAGAUGUAAAGACGGAUUUUACGAGAAUCAAGGCCAAUGUGAAGAUAUUGAUGAAUGUUCCAAUCUACUUUGGAAUGACUGUGAAGAAACAUGUUCUAAUACAAUCGGAGGCUAUACGUGUGGCUGUUCCGAAGGGUUAACCGUAUACAACAAGACUAGUUGUGAAGAUAUAAAUGAGUGCGAACUGGACUUGGACGAUUGUGAACAAAGAUGUGUUAAUUAUCCUAAACUGUAUAACUGUUUCUGUCAUUUUGGUUAUCAUCUAAAUGAUGACAGGAAAACCUGCACAGAAGUUGAAAACCCAUGCAAAGAGGAAUUAAAUCUGACUUGUUUGCACUUUUGUGUUAAAUCCGAAAAUUCCGCUCACUGUGAAUGUCGGAAAGGUUAUAAAAUUGGAACUGACAAUGAAACUUGUCUUGAUAUCGACGAAUGUUCUACUGAACAAUCCCACAGCUGUAGUGGAGGUGCUGAAUGUAUAAACACGGCUGGUACAUACCAGUGUAAAUGUCCUAGAGGAUCUAAACUGGAAAAUGACGGGAGAACAUGCUCUGAAUGUGACGAGUAUCACUUUGGUGAAGACUGUUCACAAAGCUGUCUCUGCAUCAAUGGCUACUGUGAUAGUAAAUCAGGAUGUAUAUGUGAUACCGGAUGGUUUGGAAAAGAUUGUGAUAAAGACAAAAAUGAAUGUGCCAGCUCAGUGUGUGGAGAUGGAGAUGUCAAUACACGCUGUGUGAAUACACUGGGCAGUUUUGAAUGUAGAUGCAAAUUAGGCUAUAGGAAUGAAAGUGGGAUAUGUAAAGACAUUGACGAAUGUUCCGAUGUGAAACAGAAUACCUGUGAUCAAAAUUGUACCAACACUGCCGGCUCCUUUAUUUGUAAUUGCCAAGCAGGAUUUGCAUUCGUUAAUGGCAAAUGUACUGAUAUAGACGAAUGUCUAGGAGUAUCACGAUGUGACCAAAGUUGUGAUAAUACUGUAGGAAGCUACAAAUGUUCAUGUAAAGAGGGCUUCAAGUUGGACCUAACUGACAGACAAUCUUGUAAACCCGCAAAUGCAUGCAAUAAGACUGAGAGUAGCCAAUGUUUAGAGAAAAACGCGGAAUGUAAAGUGACUAAUGGACAAAUAGAAUGCUACUGUUUGAAGGGCUACUCAUUUAACAAUAGUGACAUCUGUGAAGAUGUUAAAGAGUGUUCAGGAAACUCUACACCUUGUAAAAAUGGGGUUUGUCGGGAGAAGGAAGGUGGAUUUAACUGUGAAUGUGAAACUGGUUCUUAUCUUUUACAAGACGGAAUAACUUGCCAAGUUUGUGAAGAGACAAAGUUUGGACCAAACUGUAUCUCUACAUGCAAAUGCAACUCUGAAAAUACCAAAUUAUGCGACCCAAAAACUGGAACAUGUGAUUGCUUGACUGGAUGGCAAGGUGAUACAUGUGAAGUUGAUGUGAAUGAAUGUGACAAUGAAACAUUAUACGAAUGCACAUAUAACUCCAAAUGUUUAAACACGAAUGGGUCGUACAUCUGUGAAUGUGUCACCGGAUACGUCAUGACAAGUGAUGGUUUCUGCGAAGGUUGUGACAGACAACACUAUGGAAAAAACUGUUUGCUUGAAUGCAGCUGCGAACAAGAUAAUACUGAUUUCUGUAAUAACACAGACGGAACUUGUAAAUGCUUUGAGGGAUGGACUGGUGAAACAUGUGCUCAAGAUGUGAACGAGUGCUUAGAAACAACAGAUGUCUGUUCUAAUAAAAUUCACUCUGAAUGUCAAAACACAAAUGGUUCAUACAAAUGUGACUGUAAAAGAGGAUACUUUCCACAAAAUAACACGUGCAAAGACAUUGACGAAUGUCAGGAGGGUUCUGGAAAUUGCAUACAAGAAUGUGAAAAUACUGAAGGUGGUCAUUUAUGCAAAUGUUCUCUGGGAUAUAAAGGUUCCUGGAAUAAUUGUUCCGCAUGUUUUGGUAAUAAAUUCGGACUAAACUGUAGCCAAACCUGCAGUUGUAAUGUCUCGAAUGCGAAAAAUGCGGAGCAGUCAUGCAAUACUAGAACUGGCAAAUGCCUUUGUAAACCCGGUUGGCAAGGCAUCACAUGUGACGAUGACGUUAAUGAAUGUGAUGACGUCACAAUUUGUGAUGAAAAGGAUAACUCUGGAUGUAACAACUUAAUAGGGUCACAUAGCUGUGACUGUCUUAGAGGAUUCAAGCAAGAAGGCGGAAUGUGCAUCAGAGUGACCACGCCCCCUGUAAACAUUCCUGAAAACUAUAUUUUUGUAAAUUUUGUGACACGGUUGCAAGUGACUCUGAGAGAAGGCACAAAUUUGGGUACAUCGAGAGCUUAUGAAUCUGUCAAGAACAAGGCUGAAUACGGGUUUCUACGUUUCCAUGAACAGUACACGCCUAACAACAUCACAGUACAAGUGUUAGAUAUAAGAAUUGGAAGUCUGAUCGUUAACUACUCCGUCAUUUACGAUUCCAAGCAUUCUGAUACUGGCGAAAGUCUUGUUUACUCGGCUAUUGAUUUGGCAGCAGGAAGUACUGUUGAAUAUGACGGUCAACCCGUGCGCGCUAAUAGUGAAAUAUUCGGGAACGAUACGGACGUUUGUGAAAUAUAUACCCAGCUUUUGAGAGCCUGUCGUGAGGGAUAUGAAUGUGUAAAAGAAAAUGAACUCCCAGAAUGCAGGGAAGUACCCAUCAAAGACAUCUUCUCUUUAUACUUGGGUGUUGGUACCAGUGUUGGUUUUCUUCUCGUUUGUGUCUUGAUAUUCAUAUUUUGCACUUGGACACUGCGGAAGAGGCGACAGAUGUCAAAGGUCAAGGAGCGCAUGAGGCAUAUGAAUAGACUACAUCGUGAUAGCACCGAGCAUCCUAGAAAUAAAGAUGUAGAUGUGAAUUUAUGGCACAAAUCAAAGAUAACUACAAGACCACAACUUCCUGAAUGGAAUACAAACGAAAAUCAGUGGCAAAGAAGAUACCAAACUUGGAGAAGUUUGGUACUGAGUAUCACAAGUCCACACAAUUUUGGAAAUGAUUGGAGGCAUGACACAUCACCAAAACAAGGACACACAAUGUUCCAACAUCCAAACCAUUUUGAAGAGGAAAACUACCAAGACCUUCCUGAUGACAUGCUGUAUUGAUGUUUUAUUUCUGAGAUGUCAGAUGUAUCCCGUCCGCUUGAUGCUUUAGCAUAAUGAAGCAAUUUCAUAGGUCGGUGUGGCACAAGAACAACGGAAUACAAAAGAAAACCUGAACUAAAGUUUUUUUGAACUAAACAUUUUUGUGAAGCUUAAGAAUCUACGGAUAUGUUUAAAGAGAGUUAAUUUGUUGUAUUCAAUUCUAUAAUGAAAAAGAGAUGCAAGUUGUUCAGCUUCACCUGUUGAAGAAAUCUUUUUUUCUUCUGAAAAACAUUUUACAUUAUUUGACACUGUACAUAUAUCAUUUGAUCAUUAUUAUAUGGUUUUAUUGUUCUACUUAAAUUUUCUGAAACAUUUAAAAAACGUUUUCUAAGUAUUGAAUGGAUGAGCUCUAAACAUUGUGUAGAUAUCCAAGCUAUAAAUGUAUUGGCGGUAAUCUCGCCAUGGGUGAGUCUUCAGUUGGAAGCUGAAGAUCAAUCGCAGACCGAUUCCAUAUGGCGGCCUGCGAAAUGAAUAUCUCAUUUUGUUACCCAUUACCUUUAUAUAUCAUAUAUAAUUAUUUUCUUUUUUAAUUUGACAUGCAUUGUUGUUUAAGGUUAUCCGUUUUUUGACAGCCCGAUGAAUUGUUUAUAGUGAUUGUAAUUUGCGGCUACCCGACAAUGAGCCGUGAACAAACCUUUACAAAAUAAAAAGCUACAUACCGUA